UCUCUCUUCUCCCCCAUCAUCUCCCUCUUUCUGCUCCCUGCUCCCUGCUUUACACUACUAGUGCUUACGAUGGCCCGAAGACUUUAUCUUGGAAAAUUACCCGCUGACGCGCGGACUGACGAUGUUUCGAAAAUGUUCGAGGGCUAUGGGCGGAUUGUCGACUGCCGUGUCAUGACCGGCUUUGGGUUCGUCGAGUUUGAGAACCCUCGCGACGCGGAGGACGCCGUGCACCAUUUCAACGGGAAGCAGUUUAUGGGCGCGAGUAUCGUCGUCGAGUUUGCGAAGGAGACGCGUCGCACAAGGGGUGAUGUCUACGAAGGUGAUCGUAGGGGUCCUGCGCCGCGUUCGAAGCGCCCUCCCGGUAUCAGGUUGAUUGUUGCGGGUAUUUCGCGCGAUACUAGCUGGCAGGACCUCAAAGACUUUGGCCGUGAAGCUGGCAGCGUCUCGUACGCCGACAUCGACCGCGACUAUCCUGGGAACGGUAUUUUGGAAUAUCUCUCUCGGGAUGAUGCCGACCGUGCCGUCAAGGACUUGGACGGUAAGGAGCUCCGCGGGCGUGCCGUCCGCGUGACCUACGAUGAUUCUCGCGCCACGGUAGACAACUACCGCCGCGAUGAUCGCCGCGACGAUCGUAGGGGAGGGUACGAGCGCUCUUCAUACAGAGACGACCGUGUCCCCCACCGUCGCGAACGCUCCAGGUCGCCCGCUGGUCGACGUGCCUAUGACCACGAUGAUCGUCGCCCCAGGUCUCCGCCCCCGCCCAAACGGGAGCAUGAUGAUAGAAGGCCUGCAGGGGAUGACUACGAAAGACGCAGGGACGACAGGCCGAGGCGUGAGGAGAGGGACGACCGCUAUGAUGACAGGUCUUCCAGGGCAGCUCCUGUCAAUGGGGAUGCUGGUUGGAGUCGCCAACCGGCCGUCUGAAAAAUGGUCGAAAAGCAAGAUAUGCAAGAUUCCCAUGGAUGAUGUUUUCUUUUCUAGUCUGCUGUGCACCGUCGAUGGUUUCUCCCCCUCCUGGUUAUGGUCCUGGUCGAAUAAUGGCGUUGGCGCGUGGCGAAGGAGUUGUACUAUUUCACAUGGUCGAUACCCGCUGGUCCACUAGUACGCACGUUAGGAUAUGGUCCCGUUCGGGUGUCUUCCUCA